CGAAAAAUUUGGCCUCGGGCUUUUUCCAAAUUUAGCAGCUGGGCAGUUUCGCGACCUGUGGGUACCCGCGGACUACUCUGCCGCGACCCCUGAACGCUCAGCUGUGAAGCCGGCGCUGCCGGACGAAGCCCUGGCAAGCCCGGCCCCCUGCUAACCGCUAGGCAGCCGACGCAGCCGACGACGCCGGCGCGAAGCCCGAAUCAAAACCAUGGACCAGUUCGAAAGAGCAGCCACGCGCGCCAUCGUCACCUGCGGGCCGAAAGAAGCCCUAGAACGACUCGGCGCCCACGCCGACGACGGCCUCGCCGCGCAAGAAGUUGAUCGGAGGCGCCAGAUCUCGGGCCCGAACGAGCUCGCCAAGACGGAAGAGGAGACGGCCUGCGCGAAGUUUUUGGAGCAGCUCAAGGAGCCUCUGAUUUUGUUGUUGUUCGCGUCCGCUGUGGUCUCCUCGUUGCUAGGGCAAUAUGAUGACGCCAUUUCGAUAGCGGUGGCCGUGCUCAUCGUGACGACGAUCGCCUACAUCCAGGAAAGUAAUUCGGCUAGAACUUUAGAAGCUCUAGCCGGCUUGGUGCCGCCUAGAUGCUUAGUGGUGCGGUCGGGCCUGCCGGCGGCGGACGUGGCCGCUGCGGAUUUAGUUCCAGGAGACGUCGUGGUCAUCUCGACCGGCGAUAGAGUCCCGGCGGACUGUAGGUUAGUAGAAGCCGUGGAGUUGGUCGUCGACGAGUCCUCGCUCACUGGCGAGUCGGAACCCGUGUCGAAGUCUCGGGACUGGACCGGUGAUUUACCGACGACGGAUCAAGUGCCUCUAGCGGAGUGUCGCACUAUAUUAUUUGCGGGUACGUUCGUGCGUUUUGGACGAGGACGAGCGGUUGUGAUCACGGUCGGAGCCAAGACCGAGGUGGGAGCUGCUGCGCAAGAGUUGGAGUCGCUGGAACCAGGAAGAACCCCUCUACAGCAGGGCAUGGACGCUCUAGGAAGGAAGCUUUCUGCCGCAUCAAUCGCGGUCAUCGUCGUUAUAGGAUUAGUUGGUCUACUCCGAGGCGAAUCGUUACUUGGAGUCUUCACGGUCGGCGUUUCUUUAGCAGUAGCAGCCAUACCGGAAGGUUUACCUAUUUGCGUCGCUGUAACACUAGCGUUAGGUGUGAUGAGAAUAGCCCAGAGAAAUGCGAUCGUGAAAAGACUGCCGGCUGUCGAAGCACUGGGCUGUGCCGACGUCCUGUGCUGCGACAAAACGGGCACGCUCACGCAGGGUUCGAUGAAGGUCGCCGAGGCUAAAUGCGGUGCUUGGUCCUUGAGAAGAACGUUAGAUGGGAAAUGGGAGUGUCGGAGGGAUGGGGAUCGGGAAUGGCGCACGGAUCUAGGAUUGCCUGGUUCCAUCGAAGCGUGCUUCGACGCGUGUUGCCUUUGUUCCAACGCGACGGUCCAGCACGGCAAUCCUACCGAAGUCGCAUUACUCGCCGCGGCGGAAGAGCUAGGAGUAGUAGACAGAAGAUCUAGGACGACGCGAGUCAGUGAAGUCGCCUUCUCCUCCGAACGUAAGAGGAUGGAGGUGCGCGUGAAGGACAAGAACGGCACGUUCACCUAUGUGAAAGGAGCUCUGGAGUCGCUCAACUUCGACGCGGAGCAAAAAUGGGCAGAUGAGAACUCGCAGAUGGCCGUUCGAGGUUUACGAGUAUUAGCAUUGCUGAAAUCUGAUGGGAGGACGACGCAACUGUUGGGAUUGGUUGGCUUGGCCGACCCGCCUCGCGAAUCCGCGCUACAGGCCGUGACUGAGUUACAUGAGAGAGGCACGCGGGUGGUGAUGCUCACGGGCGAUGGGCGGGAAACGGCCGUCGCCAUCGCGAAGAAAGUAGGUAUAUUGGGAGACGGUUUAGUACUGUCAGGUUCCGAACUAGAUCAAUUAGCGUCAGGAUCCCUGAAGGCCUCCGAUUUGACCGAUGAAGAUACUCCCGGAGGUACACUUUUUUGUGGCUCGCCUCGAAGAGAUCCGGAUCGGGUCUCAUCCGUCGUGCAGCGCGUUGCUGUCCUCUAUCGCGUGUCCCCGCGACACAAGUUGGCCGUCGUACGACUCUUAAGGCAAGCGGGAAGAGUGGUAGCGAUGACCGGGGAUGGAGUAAAUGACGCCCCAGCUCUCAGAGCGGCGGACGUCGGCGUGGCGAUGGGAAAGAUAGGUACGGACGUGGCCAAGGAGGCGGCGGACGUCGUCCUAGCCGACGACGAGCUCGGGAGCAUUGUGGCCGCGGUGGACGAAGGGAAGGCCAUCUUCCACAACAUCCGGAACUUCCUGACCUUCCAGUUGUCCACUUCUUUAGCUGCCUUGGGUAUCGUGGCAGGGGCAAAGGUGCUUGGGUUACCACCUCCCCUAAACCCGACCCAGGUGUUGUGGAUCAACAUCAUCAUGGACGGGCCCCCGGCGCAGUCGUUGGGCGUGGAACCGUGUGAUUCUGCAGUCAAAUUACAGCCCCCAAGAAAGCGAGACGAGCCAGUCAUCACGGAUAAAAUGGCGCGCCGAGUGCUCUCAUCAGCGGCAUUAGUAACGGCAGGCACGCUCUACGUCUUCUCGUCGGAAUUCGCCAAGGACGGUAUCGAUAGCAGCACGAGGCACGACACGACGAUGACCUUUACGACUUUCGUGCUCUAUGACAUGGUCAAUGCCUUGACUUGUCGCUCGGACGUGGCGUUGGUCGGUACUUCUCGGUUGCCGGUCUUUGCGAACAAGGCGUUUGUCGUGGCCAUUGCUUGCUGUUUGGUUGGGCAGUUGUUAGUAGUAUACACGGCUUUCGGGCAGCGCGUUUUUGGGACCGAAGCGCUGUCGAUGCACGAUGUUGGGGUUUGUGCUUUUUGGGCUUCAUUAGUGCUGCCCCUUGAUAUUCUCAGGAAGCUGAACCUGUUCGGCAACCGAAUGGGCUGGAUCGUCUCCUGGGGCGCUUCGGCCCCCUCGAAGAAGGUUGAUGACGAUGAGGACUUCAUGGAGCGGAAGAACUCGCUGGGAGUCGUGUAAUUCCUACUUAUCAGUGAGGUGGGGAAAGGGGAG